CAAAAAGAUGAUUAACCCUCAUAUGAGCUUUAGGCCAUAUUCAUUGAAUAAGGGCAACAAUCAUUUCAUGAAGAGACAGAUGUAUGCAUUAAAGGAAGCACAUUCACGACUAAGUCAAGCAAAGGAGAAGAAUAGGGUACAAACACCCUGUAAAGAAAGAUCAGCUAAGCGUAAUUCUAUGAAAUAUCGCAAGAGAAAGUAUGACCUAAUCACAUUUCAAGCUGCCAGCACCAGAGACGACACUAACAUUUAUAAAAAUGGAGUUCGUGAGUCCGUAAACGGAAAUAUUCAGGGAUAUAAAAAGAUUCAUAUUUUUGAAAAUAUUCCUGCUCCUGAGACCCACUUCAAUAUUUUCAGAGCGACGCCUGAAAAUUCAAAGCCCAAGGAGGGUCAAGCCAGCCGCUUUAGGGAGUCUGAAAUUGGCUUGAACAACAAGUUCACCCGAGCUUUGAAGAAAUCUAUAACGAACGAGAGAUUCAAAAGAAAACAAGUUAUUAGGAAUAACUUUGAAAUAACUAGUCUGAAGAGACUUCAAGAGGAAAGGAACUUCAAUCUCGCCCUUAACAAAUAAAGAGAUGAACAAGAUCCAUUCCCAGAUUAACAGCAAGAGUCUAGUUGCUAAGAGGGCCUGCAACCAAAACUCUUCAGCCCCAUGGAGCAUCACUUCCAAGAGCAAAUUAAGUCCUGAAGCGGAUGGAAAAAUUAGAGAUGGCGACUCAAGUAAUUUUGGAAUGAAGGUAAAGAAGGAGAAUUUUAAGAACAUCAGCAAGUCUAAUGUUACUUCUCUCAGCAAAUAUGAUCCUGCCGAUACCAAGAUAAAGAUCACAGAGAAUGAUGCCUCAUCUCCUCAGAACCAAAUUCCUGUGAAAGUUAUUAGGAAAUGAACCGAAGAAAGUGAAUAUUUUGGUACAGAUACUCAAAAUACCCAAAAAUCUAGUUGUAAAGAGACACCCACUCAGGCAAAAAUGCUUUCUCCGAAUCUUGUGCAGGUUAAGGAAGGUGAUGGUGAUAGCAAGUGAUACUCCAGCCAGAAGGGCAACCCUCCAAAUAUGAAAUUUAUUGAAAUCUAUAAGCAUAAUCUUCAACAAGUCAAUGCACUCAAAUCAGACAGAAGUGAUGCUAGACUUAAGGAGAAGACUAAUGAUUAUGACAAUAAUUAUAUCAAGACCACCUACGGAAUAAAAUUCCUGAAGGAAAAAGCUGAAAAUGAUCUUAUCCCAACCGAUUGCUCGAAUAAGAAUAACUCUGCAAGAGAAUAUCUCAAACAGAGAUGUCAGAAAGCUCAGGACUCCGACUCUGAGCCUGUGGAACUUCCCCAAAUUAUGGCUUCUUCACCAUAUCACAAAUAAAUAACU